GGAGAGCAGCUUUGCGACUAUUUUGGAGGCUGUUUUAAGAUGGAGUAGUUCUUGGAGUUUUCUGAUCUGAAUAAUCGAAUUCUCUUCUUUCCGUCUCUUUAACGGGUUCUUCGACAUUAUAAAAUUAAUAAUCCCUGCAUGACAGAAGAAAUGACGGAAGAAAAGAAACUGGGCUCGUUGGGUUUCUUUACCAGCUACGACGAUUUGAGCGACAGUAGCAGUGACUCGGACCAGGAGGGAGACAGUCGAAAGGAGAGAUCGGAGGCAGACGUUCAGGAGAGCGGAGCUCAGUCCUCCCAACAGGCGGCUAACCGUAGCGGCAGUGGAGCUCCUUUACCCAGACCUGACGUGCUAUUUAGCUCCGUUUCCAAGCCCACGUUCCUCUAUAACCCACUCAACAAGCAAAUAGACUGGGACAGUCUUACAGUCAAAGCUCCUGAAGAGCUUCCCAGAGAAUUUAAGCCAUGGAAGACAAAUGCUGUGCCCCCUCCUGAGAGCUAUGCUGCUGAGCCAGAGAAGAAGAAAGGACCUCCCCCAGGAAUGGACAUGGCAAUAAAGUGGUCCAAUGUAUAUGAAGACAACGGUGAAGAUGCACCGCAGUCUCACUCUGGCAAAGCCCGGUUCUUGCCUGCAGAAGAGCAGCCUCCUGACUCAGAUGAAGAAUCAGAACAAUCGUCUUUCUCUGCCAAAAAACGCAGAGUGGAGACCUUCCAGCAGAAGGAGAAGAGGAAGAGGGACUUGGGACAAGCCACCUCUGAAAAGAACUUUGUAGAGGAGGAGAAAAGGAUCCUGAGGCAAAAGAUUGAAUGAAGCACGAGAGACUUACAAAUAAAAAAAUUUUACAUCACCAGAAGAAUUCUCACAUUUCAGCACAUUGACCAAGAAGCUGGAAGAUAUACAGGAUUAUUUAAUCAGUAUACAGACAUACUGCAAUUUGCAUUAUUAUUUUAAAUUGUG